AUGCAGGGCCGGCUUCCUUCCAUGCAACCCACCGUGGUCCUCCUUCGGGAGGGCACCGACACAUCUCAGGGCACUCCGCAGCUGCUGAGCAACAUCUCUGCGUGUCUCGCCGUCGCGCAGACUAUCGCGACUACCCUCGGCCCGCGCGGAAUGGACAAGCUCAUCGUUGACGAGCGUGGCAACGCGACCAUCUCCAACGACGGCGCAACACUGCUCAAGCUCCUUGACAUUGUGCACCCCGCCGCGCGCACGCUUGUUGACAUUGCGCGUGCCCAGGACGCCGAGGUCGGCGACGGCACUACUUCGGUCGUCCUCCUCGCCGCUGAGAUCCUCAAGGAAGUGCGCCCGUUCAUCGAGGAUGGUGUCGGAGUUCACGUCAUCAUCAAGGGGCUGAGGGAGGCGCGCAACCUCGCGAUCAAGAAGAUCCACGAGAUUGCCGUCCACAUCGACAAGUCGGACCCAGUGCGUUUCCGCGACCUGCUCCUCAAGACCGCUGGCACCUCCAUGUCCUCCAAGCUCAUCCACUCCCAAAUGCCCUUCUUCUCCAAGAUGGUCGUCGACGCCGUCUCAUCGCUCGACCCCAACGACCUCGACGAGUCGCUCAUCGGCAUCAAGAAGGUGCCUGGCGGCGGUAUGCAGGACUCGCAGCUCAUCAAGGGCGUCGCGUUCAAGAAAACGUUCUCGUACGCUGGCUUCGAGCAGCAGCCCAAGUCGUUCACCAACCCCAAGAUCCUGUCUCUCAAUGUUGAGCUUGAGCUCAAGGCCGAGAAGGACAACGCCGAGGUCCGCGUCAACGAGGUGUCCGAGUACCAGGCGAUUGUCGACGCCGAGUGGCAGAUCAUCUACCGCAAGCUCGAGGCCAUCGUGGCGACUGGCGCCAAGGUCGUGCUGUCCAAGCUCCCUAUCGGCGACCUCGCGACCCAGUACUUUGCCGACCGCGACAUCUUCUGUGCCGGUCGUGUUGCUGGAGAUGACCUGAAGCGUGUGGUGCAGGCGGUCGGUGGAUCGAUCCAGUCCACGACAUCCGACAUCGAGCCCCAGCAUCUCGGCCAGUGCGAGAAGUUUGAGGAGCGCCAGAUCGGUGGCGAGCGCUUCAACAUCUUCGAGGGGUGCCCGCAGGCCAAGACCUGCACGCUCAUCCUGCGUGGCGGUGCGGAGCAGUUCAUCGCCGAGGUCGAGCGCUCGCUGCACGACUCGAUCAUGAUCGUCAAGCGCACGAUGCAGAACAACUCGGUCGUGGCUGGCGGUGGCGCCUGCGAGAUGGAGAUCUCCAAGUACCUGCGCAACUACAGCCGCACGAUCGUCGGCAAGCAGCAGCUCAUCAUCGGCGCGGUCGCCAAGGCGCUCGAGGUCAUCCCCCGCCAGAUCUGCGACAACGCAGGUCUUGACGCGACUGACGUGCUCAACAAGCUGCGCAUGCGGCACGCGCACGAUGACACGUGGGCUGGUGUCGACGUCGAUGACGACGAUGGCGUCGCCGACAACAUGAAGCGCUUUGUGUGGGAGCCUGCGCUGGUCAAGACCAACGCGCUGUCGAGUGCCGUCGAGGCCGCGUGCCUCAUCCUCUCGGUCGACGAGACGGUGCGCAACCCCCAGAGCGAGGCGCAGCAGGCUGGACCCCCCGCACCUAGGGGUGCCGCGCAGCGUGCGCUCCGUGGAGGCGGUGGCGGCCGCGGUAUGCCCCGGCGGUAG